AUGUCUAGUGCUGGCUGGAGCUGGACGAUUCCAGAACCACAGGAUCGGAUUGAUUUUAUAUUUUAUAAAGGUCCACUGUUAAAGCCUGUGCAGUCGUAUACAUAUCAGGGCCAUACGGUGAACCUUCUGAACAAUUGCGAUUUGACUAGACCAACACAGUUUCAGGAACCUAAAAAAAUGCGUGAAUUUUCCGAUACUUAUAGUAAACACAAAUAA